GGUGGUAGUAACGACAGUGAACGGGUUGGUGCAGGGAGCCGCCGGGACGGUAGGGGGCAGUAAGCGAGCACGUGAGUGUUUAGUUGUGAGCGGAAGCUGGGUUUGUUUUUUGGCUGCGCGCGGUGUUGUGCAGGUGAGCGGGGCGCGCGGGGUGAUGGAGCAGUUUGUAGAGAUGAACAGACACCUGGUGGAUCAGGUAGAGAGCUACCGGACGGUGUCUGAGAGCGAGAAGCACUGGAGGCCGCGGAGAGAUUUCAUCUUCCGGAAUAUUAACGAUUAUGAAGAUCCUCACCUGGAUCACCUGCUCGCGCUCUCUAUGGUCUGGGCGAACCACGUGUUCCUGGGCUGCAGAUACAGUGAGGAGCUGCUGAAUAAAGUGAAGGAGAUGGCAGAAGGAAUCGUAGUUGAAGAUGCUCCUGUAUUUAAAACUCGAGAUGAAAUCGUCAAAAACCAGCAAAAGCGGUGAAACAGAAACACUGAUCUGAUGUUUGGAGUCUCCUGAUGACGAGCUGCUCAACUGAAUGACAACUUUUAUCAUGUAAAAGUUUUAAACAUUGUUUUGCUGUUUCUUUUUUUUAUCUGAAACUAUGAAUUUUAAAUUGUUUUUUUAACUGUUUUUAAACUUCAUUUAAAUAAAUAUGUUUAACUAA